AUGAGACGUUUGCUGUUCAGUGGAGGCUGUGGUGGACAUAAGUGGGCUGUGCCUGACUUUCUGGCUCCCGGCCAGGGCCCGAGGGAGGCGGCCUGGAACAGGCAGCAGGUGGCUGGGGAGGACUCACAGAGGUGCCGCCCUGCUCUGCACUCGCCCAGAGCUGGUGAGCUGGACUCAAAAGUUGCCCUGAACUACAGCUUUGAGCACCCCAUGCUGCCCCUCCCUUCUUUCCGGGAGCAGAAUUGGCAGACAGACUGGAGAGGAAAGAAAACCCCAGUAGAAGGGAAACCUGUGGGAGCUGCAGGCAUCCUGAGAGGCAUCCUUCACGCAGAAAGGGCUACAGCUGAGGGGUCUCCAGCAUUACUGGAUCAGGGGAGGCCUGAGGAACUCAGAAAGCAACCCGUGCUGUGCCAGCCCUUCUUCAAGGAAAGUGGGAACAUUCCUGGGAGAGUGCGCAUUUAUCCAAAAGGGACAGCACCACCCAUCCCACCAUCAGGGGGAAUUCUGAACAAGUUGCUCCGGGGUGUCACCGAGGGACACGCUGUGGCUAAAGAAAGUUUCCUCUCGGAAAAAUACCCUUUUCGUCGCUACGAGAGCACAGCAGGAAAUGAUGCCCUGCAGAGCAAGCGAGGCCGUUGUGGCCGGUUGAGUGCGUAUUGCAGCCGGUCCCGGCCCCACCGAGCCCCAGCCCCUCCUGAGGAGGUGAACAGCGUUCACCCAGAAUGUCGAUUUCAUCUGGAAAUACAGGAGGAAGAGACAAAAUGUGCAGAGCUUCUAAGAACUCAAACAGAAAAAUACAAAGCCUGCACUGGCGUCUGGGACAACAUUACGUGCUGGCGCCCUGCGGACGUAGGCGAGACUGUCACAGUGCCCUGUCCUACAGUGUUCAGCAAUUUUUACAGCAAACCAGGAAACAUAAGCAAAAACUGCACAAGUGAUGGGUGGUCAGAGAUGUUUCCAGAUUUCAUAGACGCGUGUGGCUAUAAUGACCCUGAGGACGAGAGCAAGAUUGCGUUUUACGUUCUGGUGAAAGCCAUUUACACGCUGGGCUACAGUGUCUCCCUGAUUUCCCUGACAACCGGAAGCGUAAUUCUUUGCCUCUUCAGGAAGCUGCAUUGUACCCGGAACUACAUCCACCUGAACCUGUUCCUCUCCUUCAUCCUAAGAGCCAUCUCAGUGUUGGUCAAGGACGAUAUUCUGUACUCCAGCUCAGGCACGCUGCACUGCCCUGACCAGCCAUCCUCCUGGGUCGGCUGCAAGCUGAGCCUGGUGCUUUUCCAGUACUGCAUCAUGGCGAACUUCUACUGGCUGUUGGUGGAGGGGCUGUACCUGCACACCCUCCUGGUGGCCAUAUUUUCGCCCGGCCGACGCUUCGUGGCCUAUCUCCUAAUCGGAUGGGGCAUCCCCACCAUCUGCACAGGCGCAUGGACCGCGGCCAGGCUCUCCUUAGAAGACACAGGUUGCUGGGAUACCAAUGACCACAGUGUUCCCUGGUGGGUUAUACGAACACCAAUUUUAAUAUCUAUUAUAGUCAAUUUUGUCCUUUUUGUUAGUAUUAUACGGAUUUUACUCCAGAAGUUGACGUCCCCAGACGUCGGCGGCAAUGACCAGUCACAGUAUAGGAGGCUAACCAAGUCCACUCUGCUGCUCAUCCCCCUGUUUGGAGUGCACUAUAUGGUGUUUGCCGUGUUUCCUAUUGGCAUCUCCUCCAAAUACCAGAUACUGUUUGAACUGUGCAUCGGAUCGUUUCAGGGCCUGGUGGUGGCGGUUCUCUACUGUUUUCUCAACAGUGAAGUGCAGAGUGAGCUGAAGAGGAAGUGGCGGGGCUGGUGUCCGAGCCGGCCCUGCGGCCGGGACCACAGGUUCCACGGCUCGUCCGUCUCGAGGAACGGCUCGGAGAGUGCCCUGCAGCUCCACCGGGGCUCCUGUGCCCCGUCCUUCCUGCAGACAGAGACCUCGGUCAUCUAG